GAAAGUAUUUAUCUUGGUACAUAUGUAUGACGCUAACCGCGACGCAGCGAGAAUCUUCACUUGCUAUAUCACCUUACAACUGUAAGAUUACGCACUGUAAGGAUUUUCCAGAAUUUCACACCAACACCAAUAAUAUGGCUUCUGUCACAGAUGAAUCUGAGGUACGAGACAGUGUUAAGGAAUAUUAUGGAAAGAAACUUAAAACAGUGGAUGACCUACAGACCCAGGCAUGUGUGGCUCCAGGAAGAAAGGUCACUAAACCUGUCAGAGAAGCAAUAGAACUUGUUCAUGAAGUUGUUGCUUCAAAGUACUAUGGAUGUGGGCUAGUCAUCCCAGAGAAACUUGAGGGGAUGAAGAUUCUGGACCUUGGUAGUGGUAGCGGACGUGAUUGUUAUGCCCUCAGCAAGCUGGUUGGUCCAACAGGUCAUGUGACCGGAGUAGACAUGACAGACGAACAGCUUGAUGUGGCCCGCGAGUACAUUGGAUAUCACACCAAGAAGUUUGGGUACACCAAACCCAAUAUUGACUUUGUAAAAGGUUACAUAGAGAAACUCAGCGAGGCCGGGCUGCCAUCAAACAACUACGACAUCAUUGUCUCCAACUGUGUGGUGAACUUGUCCCCUGAUAAGAGAGCUGUCCUACAGGAAUCCUAUAAUGUCCUUAAGGAAGGUGGGGAACUGUUUUUCAGUGAUGUUUAUGCAGAUCGAACUUUAGAAGAAUCUGUACGCAAACAUAAAGUUUUAUGGGGUGAGUGUAUAGCCGGAGCACUUUGGUGGAAAGAACUUCACAACCUGGCCAGUGAAAUUGGUUUUAGCAAGCCCUACAUGGUCACUGCCACACCGAUUCCUGUUGACCGUGAUGAUUUCAAGGCAGUCUUAGGUGAUGCUAAAUUUGCUUCUGUGACAUACCGGUUGUUCAAACUGCCGUCAAAAAAAUGUGAGGCAACCCAGGUGAUAUACAAUGGAGAUAUACCAUGCUACGAAGAGGUGUUCACCUUUGACUACAAAAACAGAUUCAAAACCAAUGACAUCAGUUCUGUAGAUGGAAGUAUUACAACAGCUCUAAAGUCUUCCAGAUUUUGUGAUGAGUUUGAUUUUCAACCAGCAGUGAAGAAAUCAUGUGGCACAUCAGAUGGCAGUGCAGAUUCCCAGCCUGAUGAUCCCUUUGUUUACCUGGACGAAAAGAUUAAGAAGGGAGAGAAUGUUGUGCCGCCUCCGUGCUGUGGCAGCAAGUGUUGUUAGAGCAAGACGAAACAAUCAACAUUCUCAUUUAAUUGGAAAUUUGAAAUUUCUCUUCCUGAAAGGUUAAAAAUUUCAGCAUUUAAAGAUUUGUAGUUGUUGUGAAGGUAUUGUUAAUAAUACAAAACCCCAAAAUAUCAUUUUGUUCAUAAUACCUUCAUGAUAUGUUAAAAAGAAAUGCUUUUUUCAUUUUGUGGCAGAGUGGUUUGGGGGUUGAGGAGGAGCAGGAAAUGGCAUAAAUGAGAAAAAAAUAUAUAGAAUUAAAUAGUUUAGGAGAAUGUGAAUAGAUGUGAGGGAGCUGAUAUGUGAUUAUCCACAAAUAGAAAAUGCAGGUAGUAUGAUUAAGUGAUAUGAAAGAAGAAGGGGAUUAGAAAAGUAGUGAUACCUGGAAUAAUGCCAUUCAAUACAAGGUGAUUACCAUCAUGCUUUUGUUAUUGUGGGAUAUUACUUUGAGUUGCCAUGUUCAAGAUUUCUUUAUACAAGGGUACAUUGUUCAACAUAAUUCCCUCAUGGCUAUGAGAGAUGAAGGAAAGGUGAAAGGUAAAAAUAUUGUGGAAUUUUCAAGUGUUUCACCAUUAAUAUAGCAUUAAUGAACCAUUUAUAUACAUACUUUCUUGUUAAAAUCUGUUUAAAAAUGCUCUUGUUAUUCCUGAUUCUCUGUUUCCCAAUUUGAUUAACUUUAAUAUAAGUUGUAUUGUAGCUGUUAUGGGUCAGUGAGGGACAGAAAUCUUGCGUCCAAUUCUGAUCAAACUUCAUAUUAAUUUAAAGGAAAAACAAUCAAGUGUUAUUAAGCUGUAGUUUAUUGGAUCACAUUGAAUCAAGAAUAUAAUCGGUAAUUCUUUUGUUGUAAGGACAAACUUUCGACAAAGUAUUCAAGCCUUUUAAACGCAAAUCCACGAAUUUCAAAAUACUUGUAGUCAAAAUGAAAUGGAAUCAUUACUCAGAAUACACAUAUAUUGUGUUUACCAGUGUGUAUAUAAGCUUAAAUUGAACAAGAUAAUCAGACUGAGAAAAGAUUUAUCAAUAAUUUAUAGCCUUUUAAAAAUUGUUGCUGGUAAUGCAGACAUGCAUUGAUUUAUGCUGCCUCUUCCUACUGCAGCUUAAUCAUGAAGGGAAGAUUUUUUGUUUUAAGGUGAUGUGUGUUCUGCAUAUGUUUUUAUUCAUGAGGUUAUCAUUUAUAUAUCCAGUCUGUUGAUGAACAGUAAGAAAUUUCAAUUUCAUUAAUAUUGGUUUAAUUCUUGAUGUGCAUAUUUAGCCAAAACCAAAAGACAUUGUUUACAAUGUGGUACAUUUUGUAGAUAUAUAUACAAUUAUAGAAAAAACGUAAAAAUAAAAGGCAUUUUACUCAAGUUUCACUUUAAUUUAGCUAAUGGUACAAGUAAGUUAUGAUACACCUAGCAUUGAUGACAUGAAACUAUCAAAGGAACUGUCACACUAUGUUUAUAAUGAAAGUGUAAGGGGAUUUUUUUCACAUUUCUCUACGAUUGAAUAUUAGUUAUCAUGUAUAUGUGCUUUAUAAUUAAAAAUAAUUUAAUAUCCAUUGUAGGUUGUAUUAAAUUGAAGCCUGUCUGUAUUUCAAAACAAAAUUGGUUUUGUUUUUUAAAAAAACAUUGAAAUAUGUCUUUUUAUAUUAAUCUAUUAAUAUCAUUCCUGAUGUCUAUUUGUGUAGUGGGAUUAAAGCCAGUAUUCCCAAUUAUUCACAUUCAUAAUUUAUCUUUUAUGUAUUCGUUAAAAAUGUUCUUUCUUCUGCAGAAAAAUUGUAUUUCAGAUGGGAUUUUGCCCUAUAAAAUACAUUGAAAUUUUCAUACAUGUGUAUGUUCAAAAGAAAUUUCUCAUUUUUCUUCAGAAAUAGGAGUGUUUAUUUAAUUGAAAUAGUGUUUAUUUCUAUAAUUGUGAUUCUGAUUUAUCUAUCUCAAUAAAUUUGUCAAUCUUAUGGGGUUUAAGUUGCUCGGAUCAGUCAGUGCUUUGACCUAUGCUACCUUAUUGGUAAUUAGUAAUCGUAAUGAUCCAAUGGGUGUUAAAUGACGCUUCAUUUAGACCUUUGUGUCUCUCACCAAGCUGAGAAAUAGACUGGUCUGUGCUGACAUGGAGGUGUCUUGAAGCAAGCCACAUUACCCUUGUCGGUCUGGAUAACUUUCGACGGGCCUCUCAUAUGUUGUUCAGUGAUGUAGCCACGAUCUACUUCAAAGAGACCCCGCCUCAAAAUGACCCAGGCGAUAAACCAAACAAAGAAGUUAUUUCCAUAGUUAGCUCUUUGGUCAUACUGAUGGUAAUAUGAUGAAACUUUGUUUAGGCACAUUGAUGCUUUUAUCGAGAUACAGACUGUUGAUUCUUAUGACGAUUUUUGCUUUUGUUUUUUUUUAUGAUAAUCCAAUGAAAUUGAUAUUAUUAUGGUGACUAGUCUGUUUAUGGGAUUGUUAAGGAUUGAUAUACAAUGUUUAAAAAAAAAAUAAAUAAAAGACGGAACAAAU